UCAGACGCAUCACUUCACACUUCCUCGCCGCAGCCAUGGCAGCCAUGGCAGCCAUGGGUCGGAGAAAUCGGUCAUGGACAAAGCUAUGCUUUGCAGGGCUGGCGCUGAGACUGCCUUUGGGUGCUUCAGAGAAAGCUCCUGAGUUCAUGUGCCAAUGCGACUUCCAAGACAACAAUUGGGUGCACGACUUGAGUGCGAUGCUGAUACAUAUCCAGGAUCUACCGAAGACAUUGUCUAAUGCAGAGGAUCCCUCGACGCAGUGGAUACUUCAGCAGAGCUGUGAGGAAGAUGCCACCAUGUAUCCCAACUCGAAGAAGACCUUCGAUAUCCACGAGGUCCUGCAGUUGCAGGAAGCUGAUGCCACAACUGUCCACAACAGUUGUCUUCCAGGGCAUUUGGCAAUGUCCAUGGUGUGCUCGCAGCACUGGAUUGCCAAGAAGUCCCUGAUGGGUGUCGUGAAAUGGAUCUCCAAGAUGAACGAGCUGAUGACGGUAGUGAAUGUGUGUAUGGAUCAGCACAGCCCAGUGCCGUUUCAUUUGGACGACUUCACCAGAUACAUGGAGCGGUUUGCAGGUGGUGUUCCGCCACCGCAACAUCCAGCCUUCGUGCAGAGCCUUGCAUGGCCUACCAAAGCUGUGGCCAAGCAAACGGCAGAAGUCGCGACACCAUUGCUGGAGUGCUUGCCCCUGAAGGAUCCCACGUGCUUUCCACGAAAUACGAAGAAUCCCUUCGAGAGCUGUGCUGAAUGUUGCGACCUCAAGCACGGACCUCUUGGUCAAGAACGAUGCUGGCAGGAUGGUUUUGAUUUCCAACGUUGCUGCAAUGCACCUGCUGCUAGUGCUGGUGGCAGCGACAGUGAUGAAAGCGCAGCACUCAAGAAGAGCUUGGAUGAAGAGCUGAAGAAAAAGGCGGAGCUCGAGAAACUGCUCAACCUGCAGAAGGAGAGUUUGAAGACCUGUGAAGAUGACAAAGAAAGGAAGAUGAAGGAACUGCAGAGUCAGACAGAACUUGUGAAGGGUCUCCAAGAAGCUUCAAAGAGCGGUGCAGCUGAUGGGGCCGAAAUAGCGACACUGAGAGCUGAGAAGGAGGAGCUGCAAAAGGCGGCAGCCGAAGUCCCAGUGCUGAAGAAAAGUCUUGCAGAGGUGGAAGGGAAGUUGAAGACCAGCGAGGCGAAGGUCCAAGAGGCCGAGCAGCUCGGCAAGACCAACGAGGCCAAUCUGGCGGCAGCGAAGGCGUCGGCCGAAAGUGCGGCAAAGACCACGGACGAACUUCAGAAACUUCGAGCUGAGAUGGAGAAGAAGGAGGCAGAGUCCCAGAAGAAGGAUGCUGAGAUGAAGAAGAAAGAUGCUGAGCUGCAAGCGAAGAAUGCUGAGAUCGAAAAGCAGAAAGCGACGAUGAAGAAAAAGGAAGAAGAAUUUGAGAAGAAAGAAUCUGCAAUGGUGAAGUUAGAAGCCACCGUCGCGGCUCGAGAGAAGGAAGCAAGUGCAGCUCAGAAAAAAGAAGCCGACUUGCAGAAACGACUAGAUGAAGCCAAGAAGCAAAAGGAGGCAGAAAUCCAACAGCUCCAAGCACAACUGAAGGAGGCUCAAGGGAAGCAAGGAAAACCUGAAGUUGAGUUACAAAAAACCAAAGAAGAGUUGAAAAAAUCCCAGCAGAAGGCUCAACAAGACGCGCAAGAAGUGCAGAAGCUUCGGGCAGAGCUUGAUCAGCUGAAAGGAGCUAAGAGCAAAGAGCAAAGCGCAGAAAUCGAAAAGAUGAAAGGGGACAUCAUGAAGGCCAAUGAGAAGUCAAAGAAGGAUGUCGCAGAAUUGCAGAGACUGCAGGAUGAUUUGCAGUCACAGAAAAAACAGUUCGAGGCAUCACAGAAGAAGCUCCAAGAUGCCGAAAAGGCGGCUGCGGAACAGCAGAAGAAGUUCACGGAGCUCGAAGUUCAAAGAAAAGAGCUUGAUGCUGAGCUCCGCAGAGUGAGUGAGGAAGCUAAAGCGAAGCAAUUGCAGAAGGAGGUGUGCCAGGCGAUGGCAGCGACACCCAAAGAUCUGCAGAAGGAACUGAAGGAUUUGCUGGGCGUGGGACCUUCAUGAGGUGGGGGCCAUGGCAAGUACGAAAGGAGAGAGAAUGGAGAGAGAAAGCCGGAGGAAGCACUUGAACACAAGUGAGCGCUUGGGUGUUGCAAUUCAUCCCGCAUGCAAUACAUUAUGUUUAUUUAACAUGUUUAGGUGCAAGGGUCUUGGUGAGGUUUCUCGCUGAGACUCCUGACUCAAGCACCUCAAAGUUUACCACCUAAAUGCCACGCCAAUGAACUCGCGCAGAAAAUGAC